GCAGCGCCCAGCCUUGUUUACUGUUUUGGGGCCCGUGUGCAGGGCUGGCGGGGGUGGGGGUUUGCGCUCGCUCUCGCUCCUCCGCCGGGAUAAAUAGGAGGCAGCGGCCGCCCCGCUCCAAACCUCGCCGCUCCUCUGAUCUUCCCUGUGCCUGAGCAGGUGCUGCAGCAACCGACUGAGCGAUGGAUCCCCAGGACUGUCCUUGCGCGACCGGUGGCACCUGUACCUGUGCUGGCUCCUGCAAAUGCAAAAACUGCAGCUGCACCUCUUGCCAAAAGAGCUGUUGCUCCUGUUGCCCAGCUGGAUGCAAUAAUUGUGCCAAGGGCUGUGUCUGCAAAGAGCCAGCAUCCAAGAAAUGCAGCUGCUGUCACUGAAAUGGACAUCUUCUGUGCUCCUGUGACUAUUUGUCUGCAAAAAAAAGCUGUGUUCCUACAGUGAUUGUUGUAUAACUGAGUGCGAGGAAUGAAAAUAAAGGCUUUACUUGAGAAAUAGAA